AGAGCCGGAGCCUGUGCAGAGAGCAUCCUGCCCCUCGCGGCGCCCCGGGGAUGCCAGUGAGCAUGCUCCGCGCGCCGGGAGGAGGCCGGCCGUCGCAUUCGAGUCAUUCCAGGCAUAGCCGGCGUGUCGGCGCGGCGGACUCGCAGCGGGCUGUGAGCGGCGCGAGCGCGGCUUUGUCCUGGGAGAUGGGCCGCGGGCUGCCCUUCCUCGCCCGGUUCUCCGCUGCAAGACACCCCCGUAUGUUAGGCUUCUGAAAACGAUUUUUCUUUUCCUUUUUUUUUAAAUGCUGGAUUGACGAUCCGGUACGCAUACCGUCUGCACACGAGCCCUUGAAGGGUUUUCUUUCUGCAAGUUCGAUUUGGUGUGCCUGUCUUUUUUUUUUUUCUUAAGACUUUUACUGACUUUGUUUUGAUCCGAGGCCGGGCCUCCGUCUUCUGUGAAGUUUUUUUAAAGAGGAGAGCCGGGAGCUCCUUAGCCGUAGUUGACUUUGGGAACUGUAUUAUUUUUUUGUUUUCCCCGGGGGGCGCAAGCAAAGAGCUGGUUUUCUGUGCUAGCCCGAUCAAUGCUAUUUAUGAAGAUGGACCUGUUGAACUACCAGUACUUGGACAACAUGAACAACAAUAUCGGCAUUCUGUGCUACGAAGGUCCUUGGCUUCGGCGUGCGGGAGCCUCGAUCUUUGCUGUCACGCGGGGUCUUCAGUCGCAGCAUGUGAACUCUUACUGUCUCACGUGGGAUCCAGUUCCCCGACCAGGGAUCGAACCCCGGCCCCCUUCAUUUGGAGCGUGGAGUCUUAGCCACUGGACCACCGGGGAAGUCCCAAGAUCACACCUUUUGAAAGGUGAAGCUGCUCUCCGAGGGGAGCCCCGGCUGCAGACCCUCCCGGUGGCCUCGGCCCUCACUGCUCACCGCACGGGCCCCCCGCCCAUCAGUCCCAGCAAGAGGAAGUUCAGUGUGGACCCUGGCGACGACGACCUGGACUGUGACGGGGAUCAUGCUUCCAAGAUGAGUCGCACCUUCGCCCCCCACCUGAACAAGACGGCCAACGGGGACUGCCGGAAAGACCCCCGGGAGCGGAGCCGCAGCCCCAUCGAGCGGGCUGUGGCCCCCACCAUGAGCCUGCACGGCGGCCCCCUGUACGCGUCCCUGCCCAGCCUGAGCAUGGAGCAGCCCCUCGCACUGACCAAGAACAGCCUGGACGCCGGCAGGCCGGCCGGCCUCUCGCCCACCCUGGCCCCGGUGGAGCGGCAGCAGAACCGGCCCUCGGUGAUCACAUGCGCCUCCGCCAGCGCCCGGAACUGCAACCUCUCGCACUGCCCGGUGGCGCACAGCGGCUGCGCGGCCGGCCCGGCCAGCUACCGGCGGACCCCGAGCUCCACCUGCGACCCCGUGGUGGAGGAGCACUUCCGCCGGAGCCUGGGCAAGAACUACAAGGAGCCAGAGCCGGCCCCCAACUCCGUGUCCAUCACGGGCUCCGUGGACGACCAUUUCGCCAAGGCCCUGGGCGACACGUGGCUUCAGAUCAAGGCAGCCAAGGACGGCGCGUCCAGCAGCCCCGAGUCGGCCUCGCGCCGGGGCCAGCCCGCCAGCCCCUCGGCCCACAUGGUCAGCCACGGCCAUUCCCCGUCCGUGGUCUCCUGAAGGGGGCGCCGCCCUCCGACACCACGUCCAUCUGCAUGGUUUGCCUGAGCUUUGAACAGUCAGUGCUUAAAAAAAUGGAAAAAUUGGGGGAAAAAAUUCGGUGGGAGAGGGAGGGAUGGUUGAUUCGCAAAAACCACGUGGUGGGGUUUCUGUUGUGUUUUGUACUUGGUCUUCGUCCUCGGGGCCCUCAGACAUGCUGGCGGCGCCGCGCGGGGCGCCUCUGUCCGCCUCGGUUACCAAAGACGCCUGGACAGGUCAGCGCCCUGCGAGGCCGGGCCGCCGCGGCUCGCGCUUUCUCAGUCACAGGCCAGGCCACCGGCGCCCCCGACGCUCUGUGCUUUUCCGUUCGCUUCUCGAGAGCCGGGCGCGCGCGGCUCCGCUCCCAGCCUGCGUGUGUGCGUGCUUGAGUGUGCGUCUACUUGAAGAGAACAGGACUGUCGUGUCUGAUUUGCACUAUGGGAGGAGGACUCGAGUGGCCUGCCUGCUUUGUGCGAGACGCUGGUGCUCUGAGGGCAAACUGCUGAGAAACAGAGGGUUUCAGGAUGACAUUUGUGACCAUUUGUGUGUUUUUUGUUGUUUUUAAUUUAGACAAAACCGCUUUGGAAAGGGGAAGCCUCAUGCAGGCUAUAGGUCUUUCUCUGUCUAGAUUUCAGGUGCUUGCAACUGGACUGCAGACUCUUACCAAUCACGGGCAUUUUACCUUUUCUGAACACUGCAGUUUGUUAGGCUAGAGCUGAAGUUGGAGGAACCUGUAGUGCUUUAAACAGUGAUGCAUGUUUUAAUGGAUAAAAAUAGCUGGUUUCUAUUAACUGUAUAGACAGUAAACAAAAAAUCCUUAAUACUUAACUAGCUUCUUUUCAGAAUGCGUUUUAUUUUUGUCAGUUACAGUCCUAGAUAUACUUACUGCUGGUACAGUUGUACUCUAAGAUUUGUAUUUGAUAUCCACGUUACUCCCUGGCAGGCCCUGGACGCGGGCGGGCGAGUGGCUGGUCAGCGGCCGAGUAGCAUGCUGGAGCGGUGGCCGCAGGCUGACAGCAUCGGCUAUUUUCUGCCGCCCUGCCUGCUCCCAGGGGAGUUGGGACUGGUGUCUCCCAGCUUCCCUCUCGAUGCAGCAACUGCUCUGUUCCCUUGGCCGGACAGCAGAUUCCCGACAAUCUGACGCGGUAUUUUUGUGUGCUUCCUCUCGUGCGCUGGGGCCAAGGCAGUAUACAUUCCUCUGACUUUAUACAGUUAUUACUGCAUUUAUUAUCAUUUGCUAUAGUCAUAGCUACUAACUAGGAAUUAGGUGGAGAAGCAAGCAUGACAGACCCAGCUGUGGAUGUUCGACAGCUGCUUUUGUUUCCGGGAACCUUUUCUUGGGCCCCACCCCUCCCGGGCGCUGCCUCCUGGCCCCGCCCGCCAGGGCUCUGGCCUGUCCCCUGGCCUGGUCGUCAGUAGGAGAAAGAUAGAGGUUUGCUGGUGACUUUCACAGUUGGCACUGGGUGACCAGGCAGGCGCUGGGCUCCUGGGGCUGCAGGCCUUUGAAGAGGCAGGAGGACGGCGUCUCCCCCCCCCGAACCCCGCACGCAUUUCCCUCCCACUUCACUGGGCUUCCAGGCUUUUGCAUCCAGGCCCCUAUAUUUUCUGUAGGAAAAGAAAAUCAUUGAGAACACUUUUUUUAUAUAGGUAACUUUAAGACCAUCAUUACGCUGUGCGUAAAGAAUGUACAGAGAAAUUUGUAGGUAUUUUUUGAAGAACAAUUAAUUUGUUAAUGAUAUGUAGCUAUUUAAUUUUUCCCUUUUCCUAUUGUAAUCAUUCAUAUUGUUUUUGUUUGGAAAAAAAAGUUGAUCUUUUUUUUUUUUUCGUCGUAGAUUUGUCUGUAAAAGUGCAGGAACACAGUUAUUCUAUGAGAACACUGCAUCUGCCUUAAUAGCCACUAGUUUGUUAUUGCUACAGGCUACUGAGUGUCGCCCAGGAAAACGACCCACUGCCGGCGGCUCUGUGCAGAAUGGGCGCCCGCCAGCGAGGACAUCGCUGGGGAGGGGAAACAGGAGCGCCAAGGGCCGGGUCCCUGCUGGGAGUGGCCGCCGGGAGGGGCCCCGGGCAGGGGGACACUCCUCGGCCUCGGGGCACAGAGAGGUUCUCCACAGAGCCAGGCCCUCCGCAGUGUGUUCAGACCAUUCUCUCUGUGUUUGUAAAUCUGUAAUAUACCAUUCUCUGUGGCCUGUUUUUCCUGGAAGAAGAAGAAGAGAAAAAAAAAAAAAAAGGUUUGGCAGGCCAUCUUUUUUUUGUACUUAAAAGUAGCCUUAAGAACAAUAAUAAAGUGCUCUUAAACCA